AUGAGACAGAAGCUCCUUCAUGAGAAUUAUUUAGAUUUGGCUGAUUCCUACCACAGCAUUGGUUCAUUGCAUAGCGAUAUAGGUAACUACUUGAAAGCACUAGACUUCUAUGAUAGAGCACUAAAAAUCAGAGAAAAAAUUCUACCCGAGAAUCAUCCAGUGGUAGCUGCCACCUACAGAGACAUUGGUACAGUGUAUAACCACAUGGAUAACUAUUCGGAAACAUUGAAAUUUCAUGAUACAGCACUCAAAAUAAAAGAAAACGUUCUGCCUGAUAACCAUUCAGAUUUUGCUACUUCAUGUGACAGCAUUGGUUCAGUGUAUAACAACAUGGGUAACUAUUCGAAAGCACUAGAAUUUCACGAUAAAGCACGUAAAAUAAACGAGAAGGCUCUGCCUGAGAACCAUCCAAAUUUGGCUAUUUCCUAUAACCAUAUCGGCUUUGCGUAUAACAGAUUGAGUAACUACUCGAAAGCGCUAGAAUUUUACGACAAAGCACUCAAAAUCAAUGAAAACUCUCUACCUGAGAAUCAUCCUGAUUUAGGCAUUACCUACGAUAAUGUUGGUUCAGUGUAUCAAAAUAUGGGUAACUAUCCAAAAGCAUUAGAAUGUUAUGAGAAAGGAUUGAAAAUCUUCGAAAAGUCUACCAUCAGAUCAUCCGGACUGGGCCAUUUCCUACACACACAUCAGCUCCGUGCAUGA